AAGCCGCUAAAGUCGUAGGAUUACAACUUUCUUAUUCAAGCAUUUUCACAACAUCUACAAAUAAAUAGGCAACCCCUUCGCAUUUCCCAAUUUCGAGCUUAUCGCUCCUUUUACUUGUUAUUCUAUCACAAAUCAAAUCACAAACUAUCCUGUUCGAUUGCAAGGCAUCGAUCGCUCUAGACCGAUGCCUGAAAUCGAACAAUUUUCCAGGGCCAUGGCCCCUUCAGAGAAUUGCCUAUUUGGUAAAUAUGAGCUCGGAAAGUUACUUGGCUGUGGUGCAUUUGCCAAAGUGUACCACGCUAGAGACAUUAGAAAUGGCCAAAGCGUUGCAGUCAAAGUUAUCAACAAGAAGAGAAUUGCCAAUCCGACUUUGAUGACAAACGUCAAACGUGAAAUAUCUAUUAUGCGUCGAUUAAGUCACCCCCAAAUAGUCAAACUCUUCGAAGUUCUUGCGACAAAAACAAAGAUCUAUUUCAUCAUGGAGUUUGUCAAAGGAGGUGAAUUAUUCAGCAAAAUUUCCAAGCUGGGUCGGUUCAGCGAAGAUCUGAGCCGCAAAUAUUUCCAGCAACUCAUAUCAGCCGUACGAUAUUGUCAUUCUCGUGGGGUGUACCAUCGUGAUUUGAAACCAGAAAAUCUCCUUGUUGACGAAAAUGGGGAUCUCAAAGUGUCUGAUUUUGGGCUCAGUGCUUUGACGGACCAAGUACAACAAAAUGGACUUUUAUACACGCUUUGUGGAACGCCAGCAUACGUAGCACCAGAGAUUCUAACAAAAAAAGGAUAUGAUGGAGAAAAAGUGGAUAUUUGGUCAUGUGGGAUCAUUCUCUUCGUGUUAAACGCUGGUUACCUUCCAUUCAACGAUCCAAACCUAAUGGUCAUGUACAAAAAGAUUUACAAAGGCGAGUUUCGAUGUCCUAAAUGGAUGUCAACCGAUCUCAAACGGUUUUUAUCUCGUCUUUUAGAUACUAAUCCAAUGAAAAGAAUUUCAAUUGAUGAAAUCAUUAAAGAUCCCUGGUUCAGAAAAAGUCUUAAACGUACUAAAUUUUUCCACGAGGAUAUUGCAAAUGAGGCCAAGGAGCAGCUGGAAGAUGAUGAUGAUAUUAAGAAAACAUCAAUGAACGCGUUCGAUUUAAUUUCAUUUUCGUCGGGAUUGAACCUUUCGGGAUUAUUCAACGAGUCAGGUAAUCCGAUGGAAAAUUCAGAAAAGGCAGUGGUCGAAGGGAUACCGGAGAAAAUAAUGGAGAGAGUGGAGGAGUUGGCAAAGAAGGAGAAUAAUAAUAUUAAAGUGAAGAGGAAGAAAGAAUGGGGAAUGGAGAUCAAAGUGCAAAAUGGUAAAUUCAGCAUGUCUCUUGAUGUUUACAGUUUAACAGAUCGUUUGACAGUUGUGGAAGUUGAAAGAACAUAUGGAGAUGCUGCUUUGUAUAGAGAGUUAUGGAGGAAUAAAAUUAAGCCGGUAAUACUAGGUCAAGUACCGGUUUCCGGUAGCUAAAUUUCACCGCCGGCAAUUGGCUCACUAUUAAUUGAAAAAGAAAAAUAUACGUUAGUGUGCGUUGUAAAUUACAAAAAUAUAUUACACAUCGGCAUGGGAAGGUCAACAAAUUCCCAUACUGCUAGUUAAUACAUUAAUCUUUUUUUUUUUUUUCUAUAUGUGGCUGGGAAGUUUCAUCAACCAAGGAAUAAUACGGCAUUAAUAAUGCCUUUCUUUGUUUUUGGUUCUU